AUUUCUGUCAAAGCGCGAUGACGUUCGGUUGAGAGCGGCUGUUCGUACGUUCUGUUCGCGAAUCUCAGCGAUUUAUUGUGGGAUAAUUAUUAUUUCCGACUCCACCAGGGUUUGAUCGCGGGCGUAUCAUCAUGGCGGACGAGGAGAAUAAUUGUGAUGACGGUGGUGGUGAUGUUAAAGGGGGCAUGCGAUUGCGAGGUCGUAAAGGAGCCCUAAAGAAGAAGAAUGUUUACCUGGUGAAAGAUCACAAGUUCAUGCCGAGAUUCUUCAAGCAGCCAACGUUCUGCUCCCAUUGCAAGGACUUUAUAUGGGGCUUCGGGAAACAAGGCUUCCAGUGCCAAGUAUGCAGCUUCGUGGUACACAAGCGAUGCCACGAGUACGUCACCUUCACCUGCCCCGGCGCAGACAAAGGCGCCGACUCCGACGAUACCCGUACCCGGCACAACUUCAAAAACUACACAUACUCCUCGCCGACCUUCUGCGACCACUGCGGUUCCCUCCUCUACGGACUUAUCCACCAGGGCCUCAAGUGUCAAGCAUGCGACAUGAACGUGCACAAACGCUGCGAGGAGUCGGUGCCCAACCUGUGCGGUUGCGACCACACCGAGCGACGCGGACGCAUCCAGCUACGCGUCUCUUGCCACGGGAACAAGUUGACCGUUGAAGUGAAGCAAGGCCGCAACCUGAUCCCCAUGGAUCCCAACGGGCUCUCGGACCCCUACGUGAAGCUGAAGCUCAUCCCGGACUCGGACAACGUAAAGAAAAAAACCAAGACUAUCAAGAGUUGCCUCAAUCCUGAAUGGAAUGAGACGCUGACCUUCGAACUGAAGCCGGAGGAUAAAGAUAGAAGACUUCUUAUCGAGAUCUGGGAUUGGGAUCGGACCUCCCGUAACGAUUUUAUGGGAUCCCUCUCGUUCGGCAUCUCCGAGGUGAUGAAGGCACCUGCGGACGGCUGGUUCAAACUCCUCACGCAAGAGGAAGGAGACUUCUACAACGUGCCAGUGCCCGAGGAGGGUGCAGACUUGGCUCAGCUCAAGAACCAGAUGAAAGCGACCAGCCUGGGCGCGCGCCGACCACCGCCGCCGCCCGACAGGGAGGUGCCCCACAAUAUGGCAGCCGCAGAUGUCAUCCGAGCGACCGAUUUCAACUUCGUCAUGGUGCUGGGCAAAGGAUCUUUCGGGAAGGUAAUGCUGGCAGAACGUCGCGGUACGGACGAGUUGUACGCAAUCAAGAUCCUGAAGAAGGACAUCAUCAUACAAGACGACGACGUGGAGUGCACCAUGGUGGAGAAGCGAGUGCUGGCGCUCAGCUCCAAGCCGCCCUUCCUUGUGCAACUGCACUCUUGCUUCCAGACUAUGGAUCGGCUGUACUUCGUGAUGGAAUACGUCAAUGGCGGAGAUCUGAUGUUCCAAAUCCAGCAGUGCGGCAAAUUCAAGGAACCUGUCGCUGUUUUCUACGCUUCCGAGAUAGCAAUCGGCUUAUUCUUCCUACAUUCCCGCGGUAUCAUCUAUCGUGACUUGAAACUUGAUAACGUGCUUUUAGACCAAGAUGGGCAUAUCAAGAUCGCUGAUUUUGGGAUGUGCAAAGAGGGUAUUACUGGUGAUAAAACCACUAAGACUUUCUGUGGUACGCCGGACUACAUCGCCCCGGAAAUCAUCUUGUACCAGCCGUAUGGGAAGUCGGUGGACUGGUGGGCGUAUGGAGUGUUGCUGUACGAAAUGCUUGUGGGACAACCGCCAUUUGAUGGUGAAGACGAAGAGGAACUGUUUGCUGCGAUCACAGACAAUAGUGUUUCGUACCCGAAAACUCUUAGCAAGGAAGCCAAAGACGCGUGCAAGUCGUUCCUCACCAAGAACCCUCAGAAGCGCCUCGGCUGCGGACUGCGCGGGGAGGAGGACGUUCGCACGCACGUGUUCUUCCGCCGCAUCGACUGGGCGCGCGUUGAGGCGAGGGAUGUGCAGCCGCCGUUCAAACCUAAAAUCAAACAUCGCAAAGACGUGUCCAACUUCGACAAGCAGUUCACUCAAGAGAAGACAGAACUGACGCCCACCGACAAGUUGUUCAUGAUGAAUCUCGACCAGACAGAGUUUAUGGGCUUCUCCUUCCUCAACCCGGAGUAUGUGCAACACGUGUGAACUGGCAGAUGUACUUGUCUGCAUCACUUGAAGCUAACUCAGCGCUGUCGUAAUGGUGGCCUCUGAAACUCAUCUGUCGACUGUCUGUCUCUGUCACUCUUACGGCAACGUCGUAUCGCUGUCUCGCUCAUCGUCUUACAUCGUUUCAGACAUUUCAAAUUCUUGACUUGUUUCUCGAAGAGUGCAGGAGUUUGUUUAUUCCAUGGGAUUUGGGAGGAUUGUUUGCUCAUAUCCAUGUAAUUGUAUGUAGUUAUUAAUUUAACCAGAGUAUAAUUCGAGUAUUAUUUUCUAUCCAUCCAGUGCGACAUGACUAUGUUGUGUAGUCUAAUUUGAGAAUGCAAUAAAGAGUUAAUCUCAACGAAUUUUCCAAAGCAAUAAUUGGAUGUAAAGUUAACGUUGUUAUUAAACGUAUCUAUGUGUUAAUCUUUAUCUCGUAUCUAUUUAUGAAUAAUUAAUAAUUUAUUAAUAAGUGGCAAGCCAUAUGUUUUCAUAUCAGUUCAGUCUUUGACACUUUCACAGUAAAAUUAUAUUCAAGAAACUUCCAUUAUCAAAAAAGCAUCUUCCAAUUUCUUAUAACUUUUAUACCCGUUAUAUUUUUUAGGUUUUUUGUAGACAAUCUUUAAUGUUGUUAACUAAUAGUGAUCUUGGGGCCACUUGGUAAAAUAGUGAAUGUCGUAGUAUGCAGUACUUUAACACAUCUAAAUACAUAAUCUUAGAAAACUGUUCAAGCAAUUUUCCUCCUUACAGCUUCGUGUUUAAGAUCUUUAUUAGCUUGUAGGAUUAUGUGUUUAUUUUGUGAUAUUUGGAUAUAAUUUUUCAUUCACAUAUCAGUGUUAUUUGUAAUUAGAGUAAUAAAUUGUGUGUCGUGUCGUGAGGAUGGCGCUAAUUUUUAAGUGUAUUGAGAAUCCAUUUUGAGCUUUACUGUUAGCGUGAUACGGAUCAUUAUCCAAUCUCACUGUAUCUAAUUCGAAUAUUAAUAAUAUUUUGUUUUUUGUGUUAGUAAAAUCUGAGACAUAAUAAUUAUUGUCUAUGGUGAGUAAGAUAUUUUUGAAAAGUUAUUAAUAUAUUUUUCUUUAACUCAAUUUAUAGAAUCUCUUAAGUGAUAAAUCAGUAUCUUGGUUAAUAAAUUAUUUUAUGACAUAUGACAUUAGAGUUUUGACAUUUUAAGCUUUGAACUCGUGAAUACGGCUGUUUCAUGGCUGUCAUUAAGUUUUCAUUGUCUAUGAUUAUUAUUUAAGUAUGUGUUGUGUUCAUGCAUUUAAUAUAAUCUGUUGGCCGUGGUUACGUAGUGAAUCAGAUAAUUUAAUGUUUGUUGGAAUGUGAUGUGUAUGUGUGAGUUUGUUGUAUUGUUGUAUAUGCGUGAUUGUGUUUGUGUGUGUCUCUCUGUGUAAAUAUUACGGUGUUAUUUAGACGAUGUACGUUUAGUUUCGUUUUACUAGCUUAAACCAAACGGGUUUAUGAUUAUCUUUUUAUUUUAUUUUUUAUUUGAUUUUGAUUUCUUUUAAUUUUAAAUGUAGACCUAUGUCGUCUAGUAACAUCGCAAACUCAGCAAUCAGCUGUUAAAUAAUCAUGUACUAAAUAUAAAUAGCCUUACUAACUUUAUUAAAAAAAUAACUAAAUUAACUAAAAAUACAUUUAAAAUUUACUAAAAAUUGUGUACUCUUGCUAGAUAAUAAAUGUGAAUUUAAAAGAAAUGAAGCUGACGAUUCUAAAUUGAAUGUAAUAAAAUGACAUUUUUGGUGUGUUUUAGUUUUUAAGUAUUCUUAUUAUGUUUUUUUAAAUCACCAUUUUAAUAUAUAAAAUAUAUUCAUGGUUUUAUUACGCUCUAGUAAAGUGUAAAAUAGCCGUGAUAGGCCAGUAGAAAUGACCGGCCUUCGAUUCGGAGGCCGUAGGUUCGAAUCCGGUCCGGGGCAUGCACCUCUAACUUUUCAGUUACGUACAUUUUCAGAAACUAAAUAUCACUUGUCUCAAAAGUUGAAAGAAGAACAUCGUAAGGAAACCUACAUACCUGAGAUUUUUUUAAUUCUCUAUGUGUGUGAAGUCUGCCAAUCCGCAUUGGUCAGCGUGGUGGACUACUAGCCUAACCCCUCUCAUUCUGAGAGGAUACUCGUGCUCAACAGUGAGCCGAUCAUGGAUUGUCAAUGAUGAAAGUAUAAAAUGUAUAUGGCUCACAUGGUAAGUGGUAAACCACAGUCUAUAAUAGAGCAAUAUCACAGGGCACACAGUAUAAAAAAGAUGCCAUAUGCACAUAUAUGUGUUUUUGACGGCCUCCGUGGCGCAGUGGAUUUACAAGACGGAGGUCCUGGGUUCGAUCCCCGGCUGGGUCGAUUGAGGUUUUCUCUCAAUUGGCCGUGGCUAUAGUUACCACCCUACGUCGUAUAGAAAAUGAAAGGGAUGUGAAUUUUCAUCCUCCUCCUAACAAGUUAGCCCGCCUCCAUCUUAGACUGCAUCAUCACUUAACAUCAAGUGAGAUUGUAGUCAAGGGCUAACUUGUAAAGAAUUAAAAAAAAUAAAGCUCAAUUGCUUGUGAUAGCAAUCUAAAUUAAUAUGGUGGUACUUCCCAGAACUUAGCUCCUCAAACAGAAGCAUAUGUAGAUAAAUCCGUAACGCAUUGAUUAUUCUAUCUUAUCCAGUAUUAUUCUUAAAAUGGUGGUUUAAAAACGAGGCCGUCAUCUUAGCCGAUUUUCUGUAUUAUGGUAAAGUAGAAUCAUUUUACAAGUAACAUAAUAUGUGACUUGUAAAAUGGCUUAGUAUAGAUUUAAAAUAAUUAAUUUUCAGUAGUAGGUAGAAUUAGUGAUACUGGAUCACCUGUUUAUUAGUGAUCCAAAAUCACAAUUUACUUGAUUGUAUACAAAAUGUAAUUUCAAUGAUUGAAUAUACAUUUAAGCAAGCAUAACUAAACCGUAUAUUGAAAUUAUAACUAGCGGAUGACCAUUCGUUUGCGUGGUAUUCUUAAUUGACUCGAGAGAAAAAGGAAAAUUGCCACUAAACUUAAACCUUUAACUUAAUGCCAGAGAUUUUAAACACAAAUAUUUAACAAAAUAAAAAUAAAACAAAGGAACAAGUUAGUUCUUAAUUUGACUAUCGUACGUUUUACUGGUGACAAUCUAUUUACGGUAACCUAACAAUCUGUCAUUUAUUGACAUUUUGGAAACUAUAUGGCCGGUAUGGCCUGACCUAAAUCUGACCAGAAAACUUGCUUUCAGUAUAAGUACUAAACAGGUGGCUUAUAAUAGUACUUGUGGCGCCCCCAACCGAGCUGGCAAAUGUCAACUAGCAAACAUCAAAGAUUGUGAAUUACACUAACUUUUACCUACGUAUGCUAGUUGACAUUUGCUAAAAGAAAUUCUAUGCAACAAAUGUCAUCCAUUUUGUCAAUUGAUUUGAUGUUUAUUUUAAUAGAUAUAUAUAAUGAAGACCAGAAUAGUUUUAGUAGCCAGCUGGUUUUCUUAAUUUCUGACUAAGCUGUUAUCGUUUUAGGAUUUUUAAUUAAUUAGUACUGUAUAAUUAUAUAUAUUAUACAGUACUAAUUAAUUAAAUCUAUCCAUAUUAUAUAUGCAAUCCACAUCGCACUUUUCUGUGUCGGCUCAUAAACGAAAAAUCGAAAUACAAAAUCUGAAAUACAACCAUUCAAUACUGGUGUUUAAAUGUCUAUUUAAUAACAUUGAAAUGUAUUUUUAUUCAGUAUUCACUGUAGUGUUGGGUGAUUAUGGAUCAUUUUUAUCACAACUGAUCCAGAUCGACCAUUUCUAUCAACUAUCAUUUAUUAGGUUUAAUUAUUAUUAGAUAGGUUUAGGUGUGCUGAUUCAUUUUCUAGCAACCAAACUAGCAAUUAAAAUAAUUGAAAAAAGAUUUCUCAUAAUUUCGUUUACAAUUUAUUUAUUUCUGUAUAGAUGCAUUCGAAUUAUAACUUCACAAUAGGAUAGUUGACUCAUAUCAAAUUUAAUAUAAAUUAUACUAACUUCUUAAAAUACAUGAAAUAAUGAACGUUUUCUUUACUUUAAAUAUUUUUUUAUUACCUCUAAGUAUUGUGUGUGUGUCCAAUAAACUAAUUUUCUUUUUUUUUUAUAAAUUUAAUAUAUUUUUAUACGAUCUAAUAGAACAAUAGCAAACAAUUUGAGAUCAUUUUUAAAAGAGUUUCAACUAGCCUAUUAAAAAUAAAUAUAUAAAAAAAAAUAAUAAAAUGUACAAACGCCCUGAAUACGUCUAUUGGGACUCCAUGAAAAUUGCAUAUUGCGUUUUUUUUUCACGCAAUCUGUAGAUACACAGCAAGAAAUUAUAACCUUAUGUUACAAAUGGGACGCAAGUUUGUUUGAAAAUAUUUCAUAUUUGAACGUAAGGAAAAUGUAUCAGCACAAUACGACAGCUGGAAAGGGAGACAAGUAGAGCGCCCAGCAGCGCUUCCCGCUACGCGCCGGUCGCACUCUGAAUACACAAUGUCUACUACAAUGUGUAUCUAUACCAGCUGCCAACGCUGAUUCUAGGUCUUUUUUUUUCUCUUGUUCCUUUGUUUAUCGGACAUUAGUCUCUGGGCCAUCCGAUCAAAUGACUUUUCAGUAAGUCGUUUCGGGCUCUGCACAUCCACUGAUGUAGCGUCCCUCCAGGAAUGAAUAUAUAUUACUAUACUACGUUGGCCAAUCGUGUCCGUUUCAGGCGGAAUUUGCAGUCCUUGUAGAUCUAGACGCCCAAAAAAACGUCCUUUACGAUGCUGACGAUGACAUAACGAACGACAAUGCUUCCCAGGCAACACAAACACAAUCUACACAGAUACAGUCAGAUAUCGGGGACCUCGUCUUUAAGGCGAAGACAAGGUCUCCUAUAUCUGACAUCACCCAGACGUGGGCUUCACGAUCUCGGAGGCACCCGGACUGAUACACUCAGGCCAAAACACCCUUCCCGAACGGCCCUAUAAGCCGAGGUCCAAGUCUCAGGAGACGCCCUUAGAGAGUCGUUUCGCCUAUUUGAGAACACCCAAAAGAACAGAUGAAAAGUUGCUGUUUACAUAAUCACAGAAGACAUUGUGUAUUCAAAAUGUGCACGCAUUGUUCCACCACCCUUAGUAAUAUAACACUUUUAAUUAUAAUAAUGAAUACCUAUACCUACCUACCUAUAUAACACUUAAGGCCUAUGAACACAUUUUUUAAACGCGCCGUUGACGUGCGUUUUAGAAACGUGCGUCGACGGCGCGCUUUUAACCUACAGAGCAGUUUGUUGUCGUUUGUAUCGGUACACACGCGCGUUAGCAUCGCGUUUGUAUCGACGUACAAACUGUACGUCGCUGUAUCGAUUUAAACGCGUGUUUGAAUUUAUACAGGUGUGCAAAGAUCGCUACAAACGGGCAUCGACGGCGCGUUUAAAAAACGUGGUGUGCACAGGCCCUUAUGUGUACAUAUUUGCUUCGACGAACAGGUUAGAUCGUUGUAUAUUUUAAUGUUUCGAGUUUAUAUUAUGAUAAUUUUUCAUAGCAAAAUGCAGACGCAUAAUCAGAUAAGUCUUGUAAGUAGCACCGGCAACCGUUGAAUUAAAAUAGUAACAUAACAAAUGCUUGGCGGCCGAAAUAAGCAAGACAAUUGAAGAUUUAGUAGUGUCACAAAUAUAUUGUAAAUAGUAAAUUAAAAAUUCAUUUAUUUCAAGUAGGCUUAGUUUACAAAUACUUUCGAAACGUCUGGUCUAUGCGUUUGUAGUGAUUCUACCAUCGGCAGACAAGAAGAGCCAGUAAAAAGUUAAAUAUAAUUAAAAGUGUUUUUAAAAAAGAACCUCUACCUACCCAGCUAUUAUAAAUAAGCUUACAUAGGCUAGAUUUUAAAUAAUUUGAUCACAUAUUUAAAAAAAUCUAUCACUACACUAAAGUUUGUUUAGUUCCUAUAAGUAUUCGAUAUAAUACUCGAUUUUAUAAUCGCUUACAUUUAUCGUAGAUUAAACUGUGGCACCGCACAUUAGCUAAAGCUAUGCUAUGAAAAGCGAAUAGUUGCGACCAAUAAAUCGAGCUUAUAUACGGGCAAUAAGCGACUCAAUAUAGUAAAAAGCUUGCUUAAUAUAAAAUAAUUUUACAUAGCUCAUCGAAAUAUUAACUGCCUCUCUAGCACCAAACUAACCUAAAGCAAUUAUAGGUAUACAAGAUUUUGAUUUGCUUAUUUUUUUUUAACUAUAGACAGAAAUAUAUACACUGUAUUUAUGUAAAUACCACAAUGACAGAUGUAAAGACUACAUGACACACAUGAUGUACAGUGAUAUAAAAAUAUAUAGAUAUCAAACUGCUAAAAAUAUUCAGAAAUUUGGUGUUAGGGGUGCAAUUCAUUUAGGUUACUAUUAUCAGGUGUACACGAGCGAUAUAUCGCGUAGCGUAUAGCUAGUGUGCUGUGUCUAAAGCCUUAUUCAAAGUAGGUAUAAAAAUUAAUAGUUAUUAUAUUUCUAUCUCAUUGUAAUUGAGAUUUGGCGAUGGCCACUGUAUCUAAACACCAAUUCUAAUAGCUGCGAUUACCGUAAAGGUUAUUUAAUUAUAAUUAAUGGUAGGAAUUCGAGUUUUUUCAACUGGUAUCGUGUAGUGUUGCUAGCUUACGCCUUUAAAUAACACCCACUUCGCACUGACUUGGUCAGUACAUAGGUGAUAGUCGAAAGUUUAUGAAACUUGUAGCUAAUAUGUAACCAUUAAAUAUAUUAAGAUCUCACUUGUAUAUAGCGUAAUCAUGAAGAUACUAAACUUGUUGUUUAUAAGCUUUCAUUAUAAUUGGCAUAAAAAAAAACUCUUCCAUAGAGUGCGUGGCUUUUUUGUCUAUUCCUAAAGGCAAAGGUGAAUUUAUCGGACAGUUUAAUCAGUUAUUAAAAAGAAGUUAGAACAGUGUGCGAAAACACAUGUCUUGGAUGUUAUUUCUAUAGCAUGCUAUGAAUUACAACAUUUUUAUAUGAAAUGGAAUUGUAUUUUAAGCCAACAAUAAUUUUCAUUUAGGUAAGUUUUCCAUAUUACCUGAUAGUACGCUUCUAAAAGUUUUAAUUUAAGUUAUUGUCUUUGCUUUUUUAUAGUUUAUCAAGCUUCUUUUAAUAUUUUACUACAAACUUUGUUUUGCAUUUAUUUAUUUUUUUGUUGCUUUUUUAAUAUUUUUAUUACAAUAAAAUAUGUAAAAAGCUGACAUUUGCCGUCCGCACCUAGACAUAUAUUAUGUAUAUCAUUACAAAUUGUAGCUCUCUGUGUAACCGCUACCAGCGUUAUGCAAUUUGUUAUAUUUUAUUUUUUACUAAUAUAAAACUUUCUGAACGGACGGUAUGUUUAUUUUUUGUAAAGUGUUGCCUAAUUAUAAUUUAUUGAGAUUUUAAUUUUUACACUAAUACUUAAAUUGCAAUUAAAAACAUACUAAUACGUUAUCGUGUGCUUAGAAAUAAUACCUACUUUGCUUCUAAUCAUAUUCCAACAUCUUUUUAACAUAAGCCAUGUCCCUAAUUUUGUGAUAGUUGGCACUGACCUGGCAACUCUGUAAUAUACAAAACAAAAAAAAUAGUGUGGUUAGUGCACAACUGAAGUAAAACUUCUCUCUCUCUCAGUCUCGACGCCAUUCGACUCCCCCGAUUACACUUUUCGUAACGCAUUUACCAGUUUAUUCCCCGAGUCAACGUGCGUAGAAGUUUUACUUCAAAAAUAUAAAAUAUGUUAAACACAGUCCUAUAAAACUAGUGUCUCGAACUAAAACUUCAAAUCCGAACUGUAAACUUUAUUUGUUCAGAGAAAAUUGUUAAGUAUGUACUUAGUACAAACUAUUAUUUUGGUUUUGUAUACGACAGAAUUAUGGCCAAAGUCCCCAAAAAUAUACAUAUAUUGUGAGUUUCAAACGGUAAUAUAGUUAUAAAUGAUGCGCCCAUUUAUUUCUAGGAAUGAGGGUAAUUAAAGAUUGUAAAAUGAAAAAUAAUUUUAAUCUUUCGCAACAUAGGCCUAAAGCGUCAACCUUUAGUGUAAGCCCGUAGUUGUUACAGGAUAUUUAUAAAUACUCUUUGACUAUUUUAUUACUUGUAUUAAUAUUUCUUACAAUAAAUUACUUGACGCCAUUAAUUGUAUUCAAAAUUGUCCUCGUACUCGUAAGUUUCACAGUUACUUUUAGGAUGCCUUGAGAUUUUGUCAAAUAUGAUCACAAAGGGUAGUGCUAAUUUACGUGUAAAACAAAAUAAUUAUAAAUAACGUUUUUAACUGUGACUUCUAAACUCACCCACUGCUUGUUUAUCUGUGCGCAAGAUAAGACUAAGUGUGACCCAAGUGCCGCUAUCUUGUCAUCUAUCUCAAUCUAUAGGUGCGUAAAGAGAUUAUUAAAGCUGGCAACAUCGAAUGCGCCGCCAGUCGUACGCAAACUUAUCUUGCUCGCACGCUACUUGUUUGUAGUGUAUAUGUCAGUUUAGAUUUUUUAUAUACAGAAUACACUUUAGUAGAGAUUACGAGGGUGACUGAAUUAACAGGAUUAAAAAUAAUGCUUUAUAAAAAAUGCCGUUAACCUUUUAAUCCUGUAACUUUAGUUAAUUUUCAAUUUAGUAUACAAUUGUAUGGAAUGCCUAUGAGGGUAUUUUACGCAGUUUAUGCACGUCGCCUGUGCCAAAUUGUAAAUAUUUUUCCCUAAUGUUUAAUGAAAUUUUCACGGUCAUUUUGCAUUAUUCAAAUUUUACUUACCAAUUUUUGACAUGUUUACCUACUGUUAGAGGAUGUCUUAUUUUCUCAUGUCUAUAUUAUACUGAAAACAAAUCCGAUGAAAGCUGAGCAACGUUACACAAUGUAAUCAUUAUAAUAAUCAGACUAUACGCAUGAACGGAAAAAUUAUACAUCUUCGCCAUUUAUUAUAGCGUGCAUACUCACCUCUUUAACUGGAAAACCAAGCACAAGUGCUCCUGGUGGUAAUGGUUUUUUUUAUUAAAAAUUAUAGUAAUUUCUGGCCAUUUUACUUUUUCCACAUUAUGGCAACACCAAGCACGAUAGUAAUGUGUAUUCGUGAUAAAACGGUUACCUUCAUUUUGGGUUAGUACCUACCCAAAGUUUUUAAGUUAGAACUAGUAUCCAAAUACUCUUUUUGUGACGGUGGCGUAGAAAUAUUAAAUCUGGUAGAGUGAAAAAUAUACAGAACUCCCCAUAAAGUUAUUAAUUAAACCGUUUUCAGAUUGUUAAGUUUUGUUGGUGACUAAAAAAUCAAACCUUUGUUAGGUGUUUUUACGUCAUCACUUUACAUGAUAAAAUAAUAUUCGUUAAUAUUCAAAAUAACUCGUGCCAUAUAUUUUUGUGAGUUCCCAGUCUUGAAACAUCAAAACACCAAAUGACCACAGUUGUUUUAAGUUGAUUAUACCGACUAUACCUACUAUUGGAAUUAAUCGCCAAUAUAAAUAAGUAGGUCGACCAUGACACGAUAAAAAAAUACAUACAUGACAUAAUUAAAAAUUAUUUAUUACUUUGUUAAUUUUUUAGUCCUCUAAAUAUUAAUUAACAAUGGAUUCGUUGCUUAACUUAAUUUAUUAAUAUUUAUUACAUAAAUUCUUAUUAGUAAAACUUUAGCAAAGGUUUUUACGCAUACAGCCUGUCUGUUAAAUUAAUAAUAAUCUUUACCUUAGUGUAUAACAGAUUAUUAUAAUUCUAUACUAUUACAUAAUAUUAUAAUGCUUAUUGAACUAAAUGUACUCACAUUAAUAUAACUAUCUCUGUGAUAUGAUCAUCCUUUCACCCAGCACGUCGGAAAGUUUCGCGCCAUUUAGACUGUUUUGUAUUUGUAAUCUAUGCCCCACAGAUGAAAUUAGUUGUCAAAAUAUAUAACUUGUGCCAAAAGAUUCCUGAUACUAAAUAAAAAAAUAUAAUUUUGUGUGAGAUUCUCUCAAAUAAAAGCAAAAGCUGGAAUAGGAAUAAUCUUAAAAUAUAUUUAUUCGCAUUUUUGGCAGUGUCAUAGCAACUUUGGAAAAAAAAUUCAGUAAAAAAAUAAUUAAAAAUGUACUUUGUGGUUUUAAUUAUUUCUUAGGUACGCCAUGAUAACACCAAUUUGUUCUCAACAUGCUAAGAUAACCAAUAUUAGAAAACUAUCUUAGCACAUUCACUAUUCGAUUUACCAAUUGGUAUCACUGUAGCAGUAAAAGCAAAGACACGUCAAUAUUCUUUAGUGCUAUGUCGCUGCCAGGAAAUAAAAUACGAUCACGGGAUCACGAUUAAUAAUAACCCUCGGUUUUCGUUAUUAUUUAGUUAUCUGUACAGAAGUAUAGAGCCAGAAAAAAUUGUUAGGUACUGUGUUUUAUUCUCUGUAUAUAUUUAAGAAGAUACCUACAUACGUGAUAAUUUUAUAGAGUUACAGACAACGACAUAAUAAUUAUUUUGAACCUACGGAUUACACUAUUUAAAGAAAGUUAAUUUAAAAUCUCGCAGAAUUUUUAAAGUCUUUAACCUCAAAGUUUUGAUUUUUUUUUAAGUUGUACCAUAGUGGUUGCCAUACGCGAAACUUUUCUGCAAUAACCAAAAUAACUUCCAGAUCUUUAUAAACGCACCUUUUUACUUUUAUUUUUACCUACCUUCGCGUCGCCUUUCACUAGUUUUAAUACAUUUAAUAUUAUCAAGUUUUCAAUUUUAACUUUGUGAAGGAUUGGGCGCGACAACUUUUUUAAUCUUGCAGAUUUACAUUGUGAAAAAUUUUCGCGCGCAAUCCUUGUUUUGAGAUUUUAUUGCAUAUAUACCUACUUAUAAUUAUUAUUAAAUAUUAAUAGAGUAGUCACGGAAUUUCGAUUUGUAGUUUACAUUUGCCAUUUUCGAUUUUCGAAAUGCGAAGUCGGUCGUUAUCAUGGAUUUCGAAUAAAGUGUUGCAAGGUCCGCGGGGACUGUCCGCCGGAUUUUAGGAUAUGUGGUUUUUCUCCAAUGUGAUCGUGGAUUGUACACUCAAUAAUAUAAAUUUCUAAUCCAUUAGA